ACAAUGUCAUACCGACCACUCCACUUCCGAUGGAAAGGAAAUCGUGGACUGGAAUUCAUUGAAAAAACUGAAUACGAAAGCAAUCCAGCUAUCUAUUGGGAUUUAAUAUUUGACCUGCCAAAAAUUUUGAAACUUGGAAAUGGUAAAGAAUUCGAUUUUGCUGUGGCAAGUGAUAGUGUGGAAGUUUCGUUAUGUUUCGUGAAGCCUGAACGCAAUACACCGGAACUUGAUAACACCAUCAAAGAGAAGUACAAUAAUUUUGAGUUUGAUUAUGUGCUUGGAAUCGAUCCAGGAGUUCGUACAUGGAACGCCACCGAUUGCGAUGCCCGGGAUUACGACAACUAUUGAACAGUUUCAAGAAGUUGGGAAAUUGUAUCGUACGAUUGCUCGACGAAUACAAUACAUCGCAAACUUGUGCAAAAUGUUUCCGGCCAUUCGAUCGACGAACCAAAAGCGAUCGUUACAAAGUUUGUCAGCAUUGUAUUCCAAGUGAAGAUGAGUCAUCGCAAUGGAAUUUACCGAACGUGAUUAUCACCAUGAAAAGCAACCGAGUGUACCAACAAUUGCGUAAAUAUGCAGUUGAUUUUGUUAAUCGAUUGAAUGCAGCCAACCCAGAUCAUAUUCCAAUGGAUUCAGAUGGUUUAGUGUCAAAACUUCAAGUAUGUUUCAAAAACUGGCAACUAAACACUGGCAUUUGGAAAGAUGAUCGAGCUCCAUUUCAAUUGAAAACUGUUUGGCACCGGGAUAUCGUUGCAGCCAAGAACAUCAUGUACAAAGGUCUUUGUACGGUGUUAGGAUUGGACAUUCAUCCGCAACUAUUGAGACCACAGAAUUAAAAUGCUGCCGUACAAAAUCGAGCAGCUAACGAUGAGGAUUCCAGUGACGACGAGGACUACGUUUAUGUUCUCGAUGAUGGGCUUGAGUUUUGUGGCCUUGACCGAGGUACGGGCAGUUCGGUAUAUAAAAUAACCCGUAGAGUGCAUUUUGAGUUAAGGUAUAGUGGUCAUGUAUAACCACGAAGGUUUGAGAUCGUAUUUUUGGACUGUGUUUUUGUAGACACGUGGAAUAGGAUUAGACUUUUAGUGUAACAAAUCGAGAAAUU